AUGGCCAACUUAGAUAUCUCCGAUGACCCUGUAGCUCGAGCCAGCUCAAGCAGCGCCACUGCUGCUGCGGCUUCGCCAAGCUCUCAGAUCAUGCACAGGCAGGCAUGGUCUCUGUAUCGUCACUGCGCUAUCUCUGCGCGAUCAUCCCCUUCCAACUGCGAGCUCAACACAAGGACUCGUCUUCGCGGCGUAACGGCAGACUCUGUACAAGAAACCUAUAUGAAGGGCAAGCUGUCACGAGGGCCAUGCUGCCCCUCGAGGCAUUUCUCCGCCGGCAUCGACCGGGGCAAAGCUCCGUCCGUGAGAGGUAUCCUAGGGGAAUAA